UCAGAUCUGAGAUGUCUCCUGUUAAAUUACUGGAUUUAGACAGAAAGGAAGAACUGAUUUUAGGAAAACAGUUGAGACAGUCUUCUACUAAAAUGUUACGAAGAAAUCUUCCAACUUUAAUUGAGGCAUCUCCAGAUUUUAAUCAGAAAAAGUUGCCCUACCUUCCCAAUCUUCCACCUAGUGUGCAGGUUCCAGGGGAUACUGGAUCCAGUUUACAUUCUUGGUUUGAAUCUAAACGGUUGGAUAACACAGAUAUUGGUCCUAUUUAUUCUAUGCCAAACAAGCACAAGAAUAAUCGUAGGGAAAGAUCGGAGCGACGGCAGUCUCCAGAAAAUCGUCCAGAUAGCAGAAGAUCCAGAAGUUCUUCGAUAACCUUUGAUCUGGAUCCAGAUUUAUCUCCUAGAUCUAACAAAGCCAGGAGAGAAAAGGACAAGGAAAAAGAGGAGAAAAGGGAACGACGAGAGAAGAAAGAAAGACAGGAGAGAAGAGAAAGAAGAGAAAGGGAGGAGAAAGAAGAGCGAAGAGAGAGGAAAGAAAGGGAGGAAAGAAGACUAAGAAAGGAAAAAGAAGGGAAAGAAUCCCAAGCCGCUGUUUUUGCACAAGAAAACAUCAAAACUUUGCAGAGAAAUGAAAAUAAGAUACAUGAUACCAUCGCAGAAGAGGAGUACAGCAUGUGGAGCUGUAGAAGGUGUACUCUAGAGAAUAGAUUAGAACAGUCUAUCUGUGGGGCAUGUGGGGGCUCAAGAUUGAGCAGUAUUGGAGAGGUGCAUCUAGAUAAUAUUCAGGAAGAUGCAGUUUACAAUGCAGUUCAGGAAAAUGCAAUUUACAAUGUUCAUGAAAAAGCAGGCAAACAGAAGGGCCAGCUUAUUGAGGACAUUGAUUGGAGCUGUGAAAUGUGCACUCUAAAAAACCCUGUAACAGCUGACAACUGUGAGGCAUGCAACACAGCAAAUCCUUUGAGAUUAGCAAAGGUUGAGAGACAGCAUCUUGUUCAUGAACAUCUCCCAAUUGCUGCAAGAUAUAUUGGGUUAGCUCUUCUCACACUACUCCUAGCCUACUUCCUUGUACGGGUUCUUAUAUGCGGGGGUCUCUACGCAGCGGAGACCCUGACAAAUUUCUACAUAAAAAGUUAUGACAUGUUCGAGAGUAGUUUACACUUUGAACCUCUAACUUUGCAAAAAUCAAUCAAAGAUUUUGAUUGGUUUAGUUCAAGCAGCAGUUUUCAGUAUUUUGGACUUAAUUUUGUCCUUUACGGUCUUUUUGUGCCAACAUUCAUGUAUAUAAUUACACGCUACAUGUGAUAGAAUUUAUAAGUAAUAAUCUCUAAUAUUUUUACAAUUAAUUAUUCUUUUCAUAUUUUUUCUAUAGUUUUGUAAAUAUUUGCUUCCAUGAUGUUGAACUACAGUUGUCGACGUUCAUAUCAAUACAAUGAAGACGACUUUUCAGGAAUAAUGCUUUGAUCCCUGACUAACGUUUUUCAAAUGGAAAUUUUACUUGUAAACAACGAGAAAAUUAGCUUUGUUUACUUGUUUAUGUGUAUAUGAUGUUUGAAAGCUUUGUAGAAAUCAAAUUAAAAUAGAAAGUCGUCUUCAUUGUAUUGAUAUAUAUAACGAAGACUGUAUUUAAACUAAUCUUAAUGUAUGUAUCUGUAUUAUAAGUUUAUGAAAAUAAUUUA